ACAGUUAUCUUUGAACUUUAGCUACGGUUGGACGUCUGUGUGUAUGGUAUUGUAGUUUGGUUAAGUUAAGAAGAAAUUUUUUUUUUGAGAGACUGGAAUUGUUAUAGGUUUUCUUUUUUAAGUUAAAAAACGUCCAUAGAUAGAAAAGGUUUUUUUCAAAUUGAAGAUUAAUUGAAUUUUUGUAAAACUUAACGAAAGUUUUUUUUUAUAGAAACGUGAUUUUUGUGAAAAUUCGAUUUACAUUGAUGUAAAUUUUUUUUUUGUUAGAGUGUCUCUUAUCUUGUUAAGUGCAUUGGAAAAUAUUGAAAAAAAAAGCAAAAAAAAAAAGAAAUAUCUAAAAAAGCUUAUUGUGUGUAUGGUGUUGUUGUUUCGAUAUUGCAAAACAUCCCUCUCUGGAAAAUACAACGAUAGAAAGUCUGGCAUCAAUGUAGAAUAGCUCCUCAAUGAACAAGAAAGAGAGGGUGGACAUAAGCAAAUGUCAGAUGAAAAAAAGGUUGUCGACCUAAUAUGCAGAAUAAGCAGAAGCAGCAGCAGCCAGAGGAGCAGCAAUUUAGCAGCAGUUUUUAGUCGAUUACCCGACAUCAGAGGGUGUGGAGAGUUUUCUAAAGUUUAUUUUUGGAUUCAGUAUAUUUUGGAAAAUUUAUUAAUUCCAAAUAAAUUCAGAAACACAAAUCGAAAUGGAAUAACAACUGCCUGAGGAAUUAAAUUCUUAAAACUGAAAACUAAUCCAUGCUGCAUUUAUAGUAAUUUAUUCAAGGGAACAAAAAAAAAAAAAAAAGAAUUCCCUGUGUCAAAAUGUUUUUACCUGUCAAACCAAACAUAACCACCGAAAGUGGUAGUGGCAACACAGAAGAUGUAACCACUACAAGCAACAAUUCAACACAAACACCGAGCGAUUUAAGCCCACCGGGACCAAAUGAGGAAGUACUGCCACAGGCACAUCACCAAAAUCCUGGACACUGUAUUGCAUCCUUUUCGGCCAUCAAUCAAAUGCGAAACAAUGCACAGCUUUGUGAUGUCACUCUGGAAGUUGGUGGUGAGACCAUACACGCUCAUAAAGUUGUACUGGCGUCAGUUAGCCCGUAUUUUUAUGCCAUGUUCAAUGAUGAUAUGCUGGAACGAAAUCAGGGUAACGUGACACUUCAUGAUGUUGACGUCACCGCACUUAGACAACUAAUUGACUACACAUACACUGGUGAGAUAACAAUAACGGAGGACAAUGUACAAGUACUGCUUCCAGCUUCGAGCCUUCUACAAAUCCAAUCGGUCCGCGAGGCAUGCUGCAAAUUUUUACUCCGUCAGCUUCAUCCUUCCAAUUGUUUGGGCAUACGAAGUUUUGCUGAUGCACAUUCGUGCAAGGAGCUACACACUCGUUCGCAUAAAUUUGCCUUGCAGAAUUUCCAACAGGUUGUCGGAACCGAGGAAUUCCUUUUGCUACCCUUCGAUGAGGUCAGGGAUUUAAUAUCAAACAAUCAAUUGAAUAUUUGUUCCGAGGAGAAGGUUUUCUUGGCCGUCCUCAAUUGGGUUAAGCAUGAUUUGGCCGAGAGGCAAAAGCACGUAGCUGAAUUAAUGAGUCAUGUUCGAUUGCCAUUAGUUGGUCGAGACUUUUUAAUGACUUGCGUUGAAUCGGAAACUUUGAUCCGGGAAGAUCCUCAAUGCAAGGAACUUCUACUGGAAGCAAUGAAAUAUCACUUGUUGCCAGAGCAGAGAAGUUUGAUGAGCAGCCAGAGGACAAACGAAAGACGUCCGGAUGGCAUGAAACCGUAUGUUUUCGCGGUGGGUGGUGGAAGUUUGUUUGCCAUUCAUAGUGAAUGUGAGGUGUAUAAUCCUCGGUUAAAUGCUUGGACUCCGAUAUCUCCAAUGUUGUGGAGAAGAUCACGUUCCGGAGUGACCUCACUUCAUAAGUUACUGUAUGUGGUUGGAGGUUAUGAUGGCGUUACAGACCUUUCUACGGCCGAAUUCUACAAUCCCCUAACGAACAAGUGGAACAAUAUCACUCCCAUGGGAACAAAACGGUCUUGUCUAGGAAUCUGCGCCUUUGACGGGCUUAUUUACGUUUGCGGUGGCUACGAUGGAGCCUCUUGUCUUAGCAGCAUGGAACGUUAUGACCCUCUAACAGGGGUCUGGAGCUCUUGUCCAGCUAUGAGCACUCGCAGGAGAUACUGCCGUCUCGCAGUUUUAGACAACUGCAUAUACUCCUUGGGAGGUUUUGAUUCCACCAAUUAUCAAUCAAGUGUAGAACGAUUUGACCCAAGGAUCGGUCGUUGGACCCCAGUGCCGAAUAUGACAUCCCGAAGAAGUAGCUGCGGAGUGGCUGCAUUUGAUGGACAUUUGUAUUGUGUUGGUGGAAAUGAUGGAACAAUGUGUAUGGCAAGUGGCGAAAGAUUGAAUUUGAGAAGAAAUGCUUGGGAACCGAUCGCAGCUAUGCAUUCAAGAAGAUCUACUCAUGAAGUUGUUGACGUUGAUGGCUGCCUUUAUGCCUUAGGAGGAAACGAUGGCUCCUCAUCACUGAAUUCUGUCGAGAAAUACGACAUUCGACUGAAUAAAUGGACAAUUGUCAAUUCAAUGGUUACACGUCGCAGUUCAGUUGGGGCAUCUGUACUCGAUUGUUUCCAUUUGGAACGUGGUCUUGUUCAAACUACCAACUUAUGACCCAUGUCAUCGAUAGCUGAAACAUUUGCUGCCGCUGCUGCUGCUUCAGUUGCAGCUAAUGGAAGUACUUCGUCGACCAGUAGUAAUAGUGCGAAUAGUAGUAGCAAUAGUGGUAAUUUUAAUUUAAGCACAUCAGCGCCAAGUGGUCCUUCUUCGGCCGGAAAACCAUCGACAGCUUAAUUUAAUAAUAA